UCAAAUGUGUGCAAUUCAAUUUAACACAAAUUUUCUCGUGGGAAAACACACAUUUUUUGGAACAUCCAAUUCUUCCACCCAACCUGGACCCUGGUGCAAGCCAUUUGUUGAGCUGAUUUCCCUCCUCUCUCCUCGUCUCUACCAAGCUUCUUCCCAACAGCACAAUCCCUUCCAAUGAGGCGGGAAGAAGAAGACCCGGUUGUUGGUCUAGUGGGACAAAUGUAGGGAAGGCGGAUCACAGUGUACAUCUGAGCAACAAUCCAGUCCUCGGUGGUUGAAUCAACACCGGGUAAACAGAUCCGGCCAUCUCACUUUGGCAGCCUAAUACAAAGAAAACCCAAACAAACACACUGCAGGCGACCGAACAGAAUGUGAGGCGGGGGUGGAGGAGGAGACGGACCUUAACGGCGGAGAGAGAGCUUUCUCCGCAGCUGUCGCAUUAAACUCCAUCGAAAUCCAAGGGGGUAGAGAUCACCCAUUUUCUUGAGUCUCUUCUCUUCUCUGCUUCCGCUCCUCAAUUUUGAAGAUAGGAGGAUCGGUCUCUGCCGAUUACCCGCCACUCGCCGGCUCCGUAUCCGAAGUCUCAGUCUCUGCAGCUUUCGAUCGCCAGUCGCGCGGCUAGCCUCCAAGCUUGCAGCUUUCGGACAGCUCCUUCCGCAAUUUGUAUCCGUCUUCGUUCUCUUUUUUAAUCUGACUUGGGUGAGGAACGAACCUUGAUUGAAGCUCAAGAACAAGUUUAUGAAUUUGUUGUCCCAUCUUCCCAAAUUGUGUGGUGGGCAUCUUGUUAAUCAUUCAUAGACCAGUAUUGCCUGUAGAUACUGAACUGAUUCAAAUGGGUUGGCAAUGUGGACUUAAGCUGCAGAUGGGAGAAAUCGAGCAGAAGAGGAAAACAGUGUUUGUGACAGUAGGAACAACGUUGUUUGACGCUCUUGUAAAAGCUGUUGAUACUGAACAAGUUAAACAUGAGUUGCAGCGAAGAGGUUACACCCACCUUCUCAUUCAAAUUGGCCGUGGAUCCUACAUUCCGGACAAGUGUGAAGGAGAAGGCGGAUCUCUUGUGGUUGAUUAUUUCACUUUCUCAUCAAGCAUUGCAGAACAUCUUAGAUCAGCAUCUCUUGUCAUCAGUCAUGCAGGGUCAGGUAGCAUAUUUGAGACUUUACGGCUUGGCAAACCUCUCAUUGUAGUGGUAAAUGAAGACUUGAUGGAUAAUCAUCAAUCUGAACUUGCUGAAGAACUAGCCGAAAGGAAACAUUUAUACUGCGCACAUCCACAAGCGCUGCUUGAGACGAUCGCGGAUAUGAAUUUGGAGUCUCUCCUUCCGUAUCCUGCUGGCGAUGCCAAGCCUGUGAUCAAUUUAAUCAACAGAUUUCUAGGUUUCCCAGAUGAUUGAUGAGCCUGUAAAAUUUUGUGAUUCAAGCAGAAAUUCUAAAGCUUAGCCAUUCAGUUGGAUUUGACUCUCUAAGUUUUCCAUGUACCUAACAUGGAUCGUUGGGUGUAACCGGGACAGUAAAAUACAGAUUUUGAGUUAAGAGAACAAACUCACGCCAUUGACGGUAGGCUAACUCGAUAGCUGCUCUUGAUCUGCAGAACUCUGGUUCGUCACUAGAAUAUGGGAGGAUCAUAUAAGAUCAAUUCUUGAUAUGUACUGAUAGCGCAAAUAUUCCUAACA